AUGCCGGCCGUCGUGAGAUUCACCCAUACAGGCAACCACUUUCCCUUAACGGAUAUCACCAAGACGUGGAAAAAGCCGUCCGACUCUGUUUCAUUACUCUCUCCUUGGCCCACUGACUGGAGCCAAGGCGUUACUCCAAUCCCAUGCCAUUCCCACAAUGACUACUGGCGCCGGGUUCCUCUCUACGAUGCCCUCGCAGCUGGCUGCACAGGCGUCGAAGCAGACAUCUGGCUCGAAAGCUCCUCUCAGGACCUACUUGUGGGUCAUGCGAAGCGGUCGCUAUCGUCAAGUCGUACACUGAAAGCUCUCUACAUUGACCCAUUGGUGGAGAUCCUUUCACAACAGAACCCCAAUAGCGUAGACGCGCCUCCUUCAACGCAGCCAAGCGGGGUCUUCGAUACAAGCCCCAACACAACCCUCGUACUGUUAGUUGAUAUGAAAACGGACGGAAGGAAGACUUGGCCUGUCCUAAUGAAGAGUCUGGAACCACUGCGCUCCCGAGGCUGGCUUACGUACUGGAAUCGCACCGCUAAGGCCUUCGUGCCACGCCCAAUAACCGUUGUCGGUACAGGAAACACGCCUUUUGAUCUAGUCACGGCGGUGUCCAAUAAUCGAGAUGUAUUCUUCGAUGCUCCGCUGGAUAGGUUGACUAGAAAUGAGAUAUUUUCCCGUGGGACCUCGUACUACGCGAGCGUUUCACUGAACCAAGCGGUAGGGAAGAUCUUUCUUUGGGGGCCUAGCCAGCGCCAGAAAGAGGUGAUUCGGGAUUUGAUUGAGGCGGCAGCGGAGAGGGGGCUAGUCUCGAGAUUCUGGGAUAUACCUGGGUGGCCGGUUGCAUUACGGACGAAGCUGUGGAAUAUUCUAGUUGAAAGUGGAGUCGGGAUGCUAAAUGUGGAUGAUUUGAAGCAUGCCCGCCGGUGGAAUUGGAACUGGUGUGUUGUUGCUGGGUUGGUGCUUUGUUGACUUGGACAUAUAUUUGUCUAGAUUUCUUAUCUUUGUUGAUCAUUGGCAUCAUGUCUACGAAUGAAUGAAU